AUGUUAUCUCGUAUAAUUCAUAAUCCACGUUUGCUGGUUCCAUCGCGGAAUCUGCUAAGAGCAUUUUCGUCUUCUCUGCCUAGUUAUCUGUUCAAUGUCCCCGCUACAGAGGUAACAACCCUUCCGAACGGCGUACGUGUUCUUUCUCAAGGAGGAUACGGAAAGACGUGUUCUGUUGGUGUGUUUAUUGAUGCAGGAAGCAGAUAUGAAAACGACGCAAAUAACGGAGUUGCCCACUUCUUGGAGCACCUUGCUUUUAAGGGGACCGAGCGGAGAAACCGCGUAGACAUCGAGAAGGAAGUCGAAGACAUGGGUGCUCAUCUAAACGCCUACACAAGCCGAGAGCAAACCGUCUACUACUCUCGCUGCUUCACGAAGGACAUCGGCCGCGCGAUGGACAUUCUGGGCGACAUCCUCCUGCACUCCCGCUACGACCCCUCCGCCAUCAACAGCGAGCGCCACACGAUCCUCCUGGAGAUGGAGGACGUGUUCACCAACAAGUACGAAGUGGUGUUCGACCUUCUGCACGCGACGGCCUACCAAGGCUGCGGCCUCGGCUACACGAUUCUCGGUCCCGAGCGCAACAUCCGCUCCAUCCAGCGCAACGACCUCGUCGACUACGUCCAGACCCACUACAUCGCUCCCCGCGUCGUCAUCGCUGGCGCCGGCGCGCUCUCCCACGACCACCUGGUGGCGAUGGCGGACCGCACGUUCGGCCAUCUGCCCCGAAUUCCAUCGAACGGCGCGUCGAUCCCCCCGCUGAGCAAGCGGUUCACGUCGUCGCUGACGGUGCAGAAGGACGCCGCGUACCCGCACGCGGCGCUGGCCGUGGCGUUCGAGUCGGUGGGCUGGGCGGACGAGAACGCCAUCGUGAUGAUGCUGAUCCAGAAAAUGCUCGGCGAGUGGGACCGGCUCUCCGGCGCGGGGCCCAACGGCGCCUCGCGGUUAUGCACGCAGGCGGCCGCGGGGAAUACCGCACAGGUGGUGAGCUGCUUCGACACGUGCUAUAAGGACACGUCGCUGUUUGGAGUGUAUUGCGAGUGCACGCAGGAGAAUAUCCCGCGGUUAAUGGAGAUUUCGGUGGAGGCGCUGCGCGAUCUGAGGGAGUAUGUCACGCAGGAGGAUCUGGAUCGCGCCAAGAACAAGCUGAAGAACACGCUGCUCAUGGAUUUGUACGCCUCGCACAACAUCGUGGAGGACAUUGGCAGACAAGCGCAGAUGUACGGGCGACGGCUUACGCCCGCGGAGAUCUUCACGAGGGUCGAUGCGGUGGAUUUGCAGACGGUGAAGGACGUGGCGAGCGCCACAUUCGUGAACAAACCGAUUGCUGUGGCGGGGUAUGGACCGGUCGAUACGCUCCCUCCGAUCGAGUGGUUCCGUGAAAAAGAUCAAAUUUAG